UUUUUUUUCCUCCUUCGUUCAAACAGGCAGGGAGUUCUGAUGCUCCCAAAAGACUGGCUGUAACCCCUCGACUCGGCUGCCCCUACAAUGUGGCUCUUGCUUCUCCAGGUUGGGACUGGCGUUUUAAAAUAAAAUGGAUGAUUUGACGUUACUUGAUCUCCUCGAGUGCCCUGUGUGCUUUGAAAAGCUCGAUGUCACAGCCAAAGUUCUCCCCUGCCAGCACACCUUCUGCAAACCAUGCCUACAGAGGAUUUUCAAGGCCCACAAGGAGCUGAGGUGCCCGGAAUGCAGGACCCUGGUGUUCUGCAGCAUCGAGGCGCUGCCCGCCAACCUGUUGCUGGUGCGUCUGCUUGAUGGUGUACGCUCUGGACAGAGCUCGUGGAGAGGAGGCUCCUUUCGAAGGCCUCGAAUACUGACCUUGCAGGACAACAAGAAAGCCAAGAGCAGCCCCAGAAGUCUACAGGCCAGCCCUUUCCGUCUGGUGCCCAGUGUCAGAAUCCACAUGGAUGGGGUGCCUCGAGCCAAGGCCUUGUACAACUACAGAGGAAAGAAUCCUGGCGACCUGAAGUUUAAUAAAGGAGAUGUCAUCCUCCUUCGGAGACAGCUUGAUGAGAACUGGUACCAGGGGGAGAUCAACGGGGUCAGUGGUAUCUUCCCAGCCAGCUCUGUGGAAGUCAUCAAGCAGCUGCCCCAGCCGCCCCCACUCUGCAGAGCCCUCUACAACUUUGACCUUCGAGACAAGGAUAAGAGCGAGAACCAGGACUGCCUGACCUUCCUCAAGGAUGACAUCAUCACAGUGCUCAGCCGAGUAGAUGAGAACUGGGCAGAGGGAAAGCUCGGAGAUAAAGUGGGCAUCUUCCCCAUCUUGUUCGUAGAGCCAAACCUCUCAGCAAGACACCUCCUAGAGAAGAACAAAGGGCAUCAGUUAUCACGCACAAAAAACCUAUCCCUGAUGUCCUCACCAUCCAGAAGCAAAGCAACCAACACAUCCUCUCUCCGAAAGAGCCCAGGGUCCAGGAGGAAAGGAUCUGGGCAGUUCUCCAUGACUACAGCUUUGAACACACUCAACCGAAUGGUCCAUUCUCCUGAAGGUCACCAGAUGGUGGAAAUCAGCACCCCAAUGCUCAUCAGCUCUAGCAGUCCCUCUGUGCUCACCCAGCAUGGGGACAAGGUGGACUUCCCUGCCAGCUCUGCAGGACAGGUCAGCACUUCUCACCCUGCACCUGCCUCUCCAGGACAUUCCACAGCCGUGGUCAGUGUGCCCAGUUCCCAGCAACACCUCUCAACUAACAUGUUUGUGGCCCUGCACUGUUACUCGGCCCAAGGACCUGAAGAGCUGGACCUGAAGAAGGGCGAAGGCAUCAGGGUUCUGGGCAAGUCCCAAGAUGGCUGGCUGAGGGGUGUCUCCUUAGUCACUGGACAAACUGGCAUCUUUCCAAGCGACUAUGUCAUCCCCGUUUUCAG